AUGCAGUCUUCUCCGGUUAUGGCUACCAAAUUCCAUUGCACAGCACCCGUCGUUGUCUAUAAGCAGAGAUCCACCUUGUCCCGGAGCCCCGAGAACUUCAAAUUCAAGUGCUUUAAUCCAAACCCAAUUCAUAAUUUGGUCAUCCAAAUCACCUCCACCAUUUCUACAAGGACUAAUUGUUGCAUUGUUUAUGGGGGCAGAUGGGACUUCACAAGGUGCAUCAAUAUCUCAUGGAGAUGGGUUUCUCAGAUGAUCUCAUUUUACUUGUUCUUUCUCAAUAUUGUUGCUGAUGCUCAGGCCUACGAUUACCCAUCUCCUGUUUAUGCUUGUGAAGAUGUUAACAAUUACUAUGCCAAUGUGGAGCAUCUAGAGGGUAAAUUACUCAAGAAGAGACUGAAUUCCAUCAUUGGCAAGCAUCAAUCUUUAUCUUACAGAGAGGUAUGGAAUGCUCUCAAGAUUCUAGAUGCUUCGGAUGUUGACAACCCAGAAGCUUCAUCAGGGAUAGUUGAGAUUUACUCCCUGAAGGUUGUACCAAAGUCAUUAGCUGGAAAGCCUGAAGGAUGGAAUAGAGAGCACUUAUGGCCCCGUUCUUAUGGUUUGAAAAAUGGUCCAUCCCUGACUGAUAUACACAACAUUCGCCCGGCAGAUGUCAAUGGUAAGAUGAGUAUCAAUUCCUCUAGGGGGAAUAAAUACUAUGGAGAAUGCGGUGUUACUUCAGCUAAAUGUUUGAAGCCAGCAAAUAUAGAAGCUGCUUUGGACACAGAAACUGACAAGGAUAGAUGGGCGCCACCUAAACAGCAUAGAGGAGAUAUUGCAAGGGCACUGAUGUACAUGGCAGUAUGUUAUGGUUAUCGUCAAUCAGAUGGAGGCCCAGUUCUUCACCUUUCAGAUUCUCCAAAGAUUUCAAAGAGUGAGAUGGGACUGCUUUCUACAUUGUUAAGGUGGAAUGAGAUUGAUCCCCCUUCAAGAGAGGAGAAACUGAGAAAUGACAGAGUAUGCAAGUUUUAUCAACACAACAGAAAUCCGUUUGUUGAUCAUCCGGAAUAUGCCACUCUCAUAUGGAAAGAACAUAUCUUGAGCCAUCAUGGUUUCUAUCCUCUUCCUAGAAAUCAUCAGAUUCGAAACAACAAACAAGGUUUUGAAGUUGCAACAAGUACUUUUCAUGUACUUCUUAAUAUGAGAAGAAUUAAAGUUGCAAAGCAUACAUAGAAAUAACAGACCCAAAAAGCACAACACAUACACACUUGAAGUUUGUUAAAAGAUGCUGUGAAGAAACCCCUGUCAAGGUGUACAAUGUUCUCCUUAAGUUGAAUGAAUAAUGCAAUACCAUGUCUCCAGAAACUGCAUUCCAUGGUCCAAUUUGAUUCUCUUUUCUUUUUUAAUGAAAAUAGUUCCCUGCUGCCAUUACUGCCUUAACUUAUAUGAAGUGUUAACAACUAUUGUUGUUAUUUGGGUGGUGCUCCAGGAAACUUUAGCAAGCAAGUCAACAGGUAAUAGGGUUCAAGCUUCAAGGAACCAAACACAUGGAGGAAUGAUAUGAGCACUGGCUGGAAACGGUAAUGGUCACUUAGUUCGUAAGCCUUGAUUCUGAGAAUGGUGGUCGGGGAUACCUAUCAACGAUUGUAUCAUUGGAGCAAUCUCUGAGGUAAAAUUGAGUAUAUUUUCUUUCUCCUUAAGUAUCAUUAUAUAUAAACUUUGGGAUUAUCAUCAACUUUCGUCCAAUUACUCCUAGUAUACAUAGAAACUAUGUCUUCCAAAGUCUAAAGGUUACAUAAUAGUCCCAAAUAUAUUUGUGGACAAGUCCUUAAUCAACAAUGUAUAAAAAAAACAUUUUAGAUACAUCAACAAUAUA